CCGCGGCCUUUAAGACACGGCCACUCCUCCUCCCGGAUUGCUGCAGAGACUUUGCCUUUACGGAUUUAACCGGCUCCGGGACUGUGAUCCCAACAUCCCCGACAGGGAGAGCGGGCGUCCUGUGCUGCGGCCGGGCCAGGCAGGAUGGUGUCCUGGAUCAUCUCCAGACUGGUGGUGCUGCUAUUUGGCACUUUAUAUCCGGCAUACUCAUCAUAUAAGGCUGUCAAGACAAAAAAUGUUAAAGAAUAUGUAAAAUGGAUGAUGUACUGGAUCGUGUUUGCCUUUUUCUCCACUGCGGAAACUUUAACUGACAUUAUCCUCUCCUGGUUUCCUUUCUAUUUUGAGCUGAAAAUUGCAUUUGUGAUUUGGCUCCUUUCACCCUACACUAAAGGCUCAAGUGUGUUGUAUAGGAAAUUUGUGCACCCAACUCUGUCUAGUAAAGAAAAGGAGAUUGAUGAGUACAUUGCCCAGGCGAGAGACAAGAGCUAUGAAACUAUGAUGCGUGUGGGCAAAAGAGGCUUAAAUCUUGCUGCGAAUGCAGCAGUAACUGCAGCUUCAAAGGGUCAAGGGGUAUUGUCAGAGAAGUUGCGGAGUUUCAGCAUGCAGGAUUUAACUUUGAUACAAGAGGAUGAUGCUGUGCACUUGCAGAGUCCAGAGCCUCGGCUACGCAGUGCCUCCAGCGGACUAGUGGAGACCGUUGUGGAUCAAGCCUCAUCCAACUGUUUAGCUGCUGAGGAACAACGACCCAUGAAGUCAGAUGGAGACCAGACAGAUGUAAAAUCGGAACCCUCAGAUGACGAUGCUGUGGAAAAAGCACCAAAACGUACAGCAAGUGUCAAAAUUGUGAAGAAAGUUACAAAAGUUGAGCCACAAACCAAGAAUUUAAAGGCGCGCCCCAAGAAGAAACCUACAGGAACCACUGUGCCUGGAGAGACAGCAUGAAAACAUGUCUUUUCUGUCCAGAUUUUACCUUAUACGCUGCUGAUUUAAAAAUCUUUGGAGGACCAUGUGCUUUAAUAGCAACAACUACUACUUUUAGGAUCACUCCACAUCUGGUGGUCAGUAUUUGAGAGAAAACACGUCUAUUAAAAUUGUAUACAGUAAUUAUGUAUUUGACCGACACACUACAAUGUGUGAUAUAUGUGAUAUUCAGAUGGUGCUGAGAUCCACAUCCAGUACUGUUCUCAGUGAUAACAAUUGUAGUAAUGAAUCCUAUAAAGACGCUGCUGCAGAUCUUUUAUCAACCAGACUACUACAAUAGGUGCUCCGUAUUCUGCUAACACUUAUAGUUUUCAGUGGCCUCUAUAGUGCAAAUAAUAAGAAUUUAUAUAUAUUUUUGUUGUUUUAAUCUAGAAAUGGCAGCCAAUAUUGUCUGUAUACCUUACCUAUCCUAAAAGCUUUUAGUGUGCUCAUACACAGGAUAUAGUAUAGAUGAGGCUGAAUUACGCCGGCGGUCAUUUAUACAGUAUAGCAAUGCACAGAAAUACUUACUAGUUUUCGAUGAACUGGAAUGCUUUUAUGCAGAAUUUUAGCCAAUGACAGAAAUGGAUUUUCUUGCAUGAAUGGCAGGCACUACAGAAUGUGAUAUUAUGGAAGAGACUUGAUAUUGAGAUCAGAAAAUGAAAUGGUUAAAAUUGGCAGCAGUGAUGACCACAGGCCUUUAGCUGGUUAGAUUGUAAGUUAACAGGGAGGGCUGUGUUACCAUGCAAGGUUAUGAACUGUGAGAACAUAAAAGAAUGUAGCUCAAAAGCUCUCGGCCAUGUUUGGUGGAAGAUUUACGAGAUGCCUUGGUUUCAGAUGAAUGGAUACCUAUGAAUGUUGACAGAACUUAAUAUGGAAGUAUACAUGUAAAUAUUUUUACUAUUUGUAGAUUAGACAUAUUAAGGUAAGAUGAUUUUCAGGUUGGGAACAGGCCUAUUGGCGGCAGUACUGUUCAUAGGUUGCAGAUGUUCAUUCUUCAGAGACGAGGUUCAUCCAGAAUUCACGGAGAACCACACUGAUCCUUGACAAUGUGCUUUAGGUCAAAUCAUGAAGAUGAGUUUGUGUUUACAGUCACUUUACACUGUCUAUAAGAUGUCCAGCACCUCUCCAUUUUAUACAUUUCUUCGCAUAAUGCUGCCGCCAACAGCAAGAUUGCCUUUGUGAAGCAUAAUCAACACUGCUGUUCUCAAAAUAGCUGGUAGUUAAUAGGUAUGUGUGGUUAGAAAUUACAGAUUGCCACUGCUUCCGUAGCCUUUCUGUUCAGCCUAUUCGCAAGUAAGCUAUGUAAUUAUAUCUAAAAGCAAAAAUAAACCUUAAUAUGGAGUGCGGAUAUAGAACAAGGACGAUAAUUAUGAGCCAUACAUUCUGCUGGCUAAUCCUGGAGAACACAGAUAUUGGACAGUGGGAAAUAGAAGGGUUGAUCUUUUGAGCCCGUUAAGAAGAAGAUUGUUUCAGACGGGCUCAUUGUCACCAACUAUAAGCAUGUGCAUACCUGUUCUUAAGGUACUUCUGCACAUGAAUGUUAAGUUGACCCAAACAGACAACCAAAGCGAUUAUUUAUCGGGUGAAAUGUCAGAACGAGCGAUCAUUUUAGCAGACCGAUGAAAGACCAUCACCAUCUAAAAAGAAGUUGGUCAUGUUUGAAAGAUUUUUCUGAUAGUUACAUAAAAAAAUCUUUUGUUUAAAGAAAGAUCGUUCAUGGACAGACAAUAUAGUUUGCCCUUCUCUUGGUGUCAUUGAUCAUUUAUGAUCAGUUUGAACGAAUGUAACCAGUGUUAAUGGCUUCAAAACGAUCCAUCUCCAGAUAAUUGUUCAUUCAAGAGUUGUUCAACCAUCAGCCUUCUUCUAGAUAAUGUGUAUGGUCACCUUUAGUGUAGAGAAAGCGUUGUCCUCUACGCAUUGUCCUGAUUUCAAGGUGGGGAAGAAGACAAAUAUUUGAAAUAAGGAAGUCUUGGAGAGCAGAUGACUGGCACAGAUUGAAUACAUGUGCACCAGUCAUUCAUGGUUUUCAGCAAGAGACAUCAUAGUGGAUAUAUUGGCCAGGUCUGUACCCUAUAUCAUACCAUAAAGGUCAAUGGCUACCUUAAGGAGAAUGGUAAUGCCCAGUGAUCGCCCAUCUCUGCCCAGAAAAUAAGAUGGAGUGGUGGGAACAGCACUGUUGUGUGAUACUUAGCAGGUUCAUUCCAUAAGUACAUAUAUAAAUAGCCUUAAUCCAUUCUGUAGCCAGUGGUUAUAAGCCCUGACAGUACAGCUUACUUGCAGUUCAGUUGUUUCUGGAUAUUUUAGUUUAGUCCAUUGUACAAUCAACCACAGGGAUGCUGAGCAUGAUCACUUCUCUUAGACAGUUUGCAAUCACACAUGUAGUCUUAAAUGAGUAAGCCCCUUGAUUGUUAAGCUUCUUGGAGCAGAUACUGUGCCAGGCCUGCUGCUGGUUCCCAGCUCUACAGGUUUGCUGGCCUGAUGUUUACUUGAAUCAGUAACUGGAAUCGCUAUAUGGGAGAUAAAGGGAUGGCGACAUUUGGUCAGUGAUGACUUUUAGUUUGAUUUGCACUUUCGAUUGUAUGAAAUAAUUUUCAUGUGCAUUUAUUUUGAAGUAUUUUUAUGAACACUUUAUUUUGGAUGGGUUUUGGAAUAUAAAAAAGUAGUCAUUUUAGGGAGGUACUGUUUCUCAUUGUAUAGACACAGCAGUAUAUGGAGACUUAUUUUUCAGAAAAUGCCCCAUGGGAAAAAAGUAUGCAAAAUAGCUCAUACCAGCCAUUGUGUCUUUGGUUUGUCUGGCGUGAGCUAUUUUCCAUGGUUAUUUUACAUUAACAGCAACAGAUGGCCAAUUCUUAUAAUGAUUUGUAAUUGAAGAGUAGGUACUUAGGUGGCACUUGCAAAGUUGGUAGCAUUUUGAUUUUCUAGUUUACAUUUUGUGAAGAGAUUUAGGCAUGUCAGAAGACUAUAGUGAUGGGGGACUGUGUGGCCAAACCCCCGUAGUUCCAGAUAGUGAUUACUGUAUCACUG